AUCUCUGUCCUUAUUGAAUGGUAAAGAUGAAAUGCCUUCAUUUUUCAGAAGUGAUAGUAGUGAUGGCAUCUGCAAAUCAAUGGUGGAGACACAAGGCUACAAAUGUGAAGAACAUAAGGUUACAACAAAGGAUGGUUUCAUUCUAAGCCUUCAGAGGAUGCCAGCGAGGCGAUCUGGUAAUUCAGCGGAUAAGCCUCCUGUUCUGCUGCAACAUGGUAUCUUAAGUGAUGCUGUAAUAUGGCUAUUCAAUUCUCCUGAAGAAUCCCUCGGAUUUAUAUUAGCCGACAAUGGAUAUGAUGUGUGGCUUGCUAAUACUCGCGGCACUAGAUAUAGCAGUGGCCAUACGUCUCUCACUCCUAAUGACAAGGCUUAUUGGGAUUGGUCAUGGGAUGAAUUGGUCUCUUAUGAUCUUCAUGCCUGUGUUGGAUAUGUGUACAACCAUACCGGCCAAAAGCUGCACUAUGCCGGCCAUUCCUUGGGGACAUUAACAGCAUUAGCUGCAUUCUCUGAAGAGGAGCUGGUGAAUAUGAUCAGAUCUGCUGCUUUACUUAGUCCAAUUGCUCAUCUCAAUCAGAUUCCCUCACCACCCAUCAAACUUGCUGCUGAUAUCUUUCUGGCUGAUGUUCUGUACUGGUUAGGCCUUCGCGAGUUUAUUCCAAAAAGACAAGAUGCUACCAAACUUUUAGAAAAGAUCUGCAAAAUUCCGGAUAUCAACUGCUCAGACCUAAUGACAGUCUUCACAGGCCCAAACUGCUGCAUUAAUUCUACGAGGAUAGAUGUUUAUCUAGAUCAUGAGCCUCAGCCAACAUCAACCAAGAACUUGAUCCAUCUUGCUCAAAGUAAGCCUAAAAGGAACAUAGCGAUGUUUGACUACGGAGAUCAAGCACAAAACAUGCAACACUAUGGACAAGCCAGUCCUCCUGUGUACGACAUGACCAGUAUUCCAAACGACCUUCCUCUUUUUCUCAGCAAUGGAGGGAAAGAUACCCUGGCAGAUGUAAACGACGUUGCCGUUUUGCUUGACAAUCUCAAAGAUCAUGACAAGGACAAGCUUAGGGUGCUUUUCAUACAAGACUAUGCUCAUGUUGAUUUUGUCAUGGGUGUCACUGCCAAUCAAGUUGUUUAUCAGCCCAUGAUGGACUUUUUCAAGCAAUAUAAUUAA